AUAGAAAAUUAUUGAUAUAUAUCUAAAGAAAUUACGGAGAGAGAUUGGCUUUUGAAGUUGGAUAUUGUAAUAUGCAGAAUGUUAACUUAAGUAAAUGUUCUACUAAUGUAGAAAACAAAGUUUCUUAUAGUAAUGUGGAAUCCGACAUAGUUGAUUAUGAAAUAGUAACCUCACCACAGAUAGCGAAAUUGAAUGAAGUUAUAGCAAAUUUAAAAGAUGCUAUACGAAUAAAAGAUGUACAAUUAGAAAAUUCACAUCGAGAAAAAAGUAGGUUACUAGCAGAACUAAAGAAACAACAAAGAUGCAACAGGAAUCUGAAACAACAGUUAGAUGGCGAGAGAAUUGUCUAUCAAAGAGAAAAAGAUUAUUUCCUUGAAGAAAUGCAACGAUACAGAGGCAGAUAUACAGGCAAUGUGUCGAAGUUUCAGCAACAAUGGCGUAAGGAGUUCGAAGAAGUGCAAGAUUCCUUAGAACAAGAAAAUAAGCAGUUGAAAUCAGAAUUGUUAGAUAAAAACAAAGUUACUUAUAAUCUAUGUGUGAAGUUCCUUCGUAUGAAACAUGCUAAAGACACAUUAAGAUAUAAAUUGGAUCAGUUGCUGCAUGAGCAUUUGCUAGUAAUGGCGGAAAUGAUGGAGAAAUUAGACGAAGCGAGAAAGGAACUUAAUUUAAUUGUGUCAGAGAAAUUUCAAGAACCGUUGCCUCUUAAUAAAGCUAAAUUCUUACAAGUUGUACAAAGGAAUAACAGAUUAAUAUAUGAAAAUGCAACAUUGAAAGUGCAGGUCCAUCAACUUACGCAAAAUAUAGACAAAUUGAAAAGUCAUAUGCAAAGGCCGAAAAAGAUUAAUGUAGACACUAAAAUCAUUGAGAAAUUAGCAACGCAAAGCAAUACAAGAUUUGUUUUAAAUAAAGCAGAAAAAAUCGCUUUGAUCUCUAAGUUAUCUCCUGCUGACCAUACUGCGGAGAUGCUCUCGCAGGUGAAUUCUGAGAGUGCAGAUGACUGUGUACUUAAUGAUGCGACCGAUGUUAAAAGGGAUUUUAAAGAAUUUCAUGCAAAAUGCGCUCAAAGUGAGCCAGGAAUUGUAGAAACAUCCAUUAUUUCUCAACAGAAUAGAUGA